AUGCUUUCGCGGGGUAGAAAGGCUCAAUUGGUGCCGUGUUUCGGUAGCGUAGAGAUCAUGAUGUGUUUCUGGAUCGCGUGUGCCAUUCUAACUCUGGUCGCCUCCCAGCAGAAAUUCUACAUUCAGGGCCGAUAUGGUAAAAGGCAGGAACCACGUACAGAUUCGUUCUUCGUGACAGGAGGCAGGUAUGGGCGCAGCGAAAGCUUGCAGAAGGAGAGCAAAUCGUUGCCAAAGUUUGUCGAACUGGCUCCAAGGGUGGAUCGAUACUACUGGGGCAGUCGAUACGGGAAAAGAUCUCAUCCCGACUAUCGACCAGUCUCGUCUGUCAAUCGAUUCAGCGCCGUGUUGAACUUCAUGGAUCAGGUGAACCUCGAUCGGGAGAACGAGGCGAGCAACGGGAACGAUCUGAAUCUUCUGUCCUAA